GCAGCAUGGAUUCAUGAAAGACAGAAGUUGUCAAACAAAUCUGAUUUUUUUUUAUGAGGAGGUGAGCAAAACCUGGACAGAGGGGUGGCUGUGGACGUGAUAUACUUGGACGGAGGGGUGGUGGUGGACGUGGUAUACUUGGACACAGGGGUGGCUGUGGACAUGGUAUACUUGGACAGAGGGGUGGCGGUGGACGUGGUAUACUUGGACAGAGGGGUGGCUGUGGACAUGGUAUACUUGGACAGAGGGGUGGCUGUGGACGUGCUAUACUUGGACAGAGCGGUGGCUGUGGACGUGGUAUACUUGGACAGAGGGGUGGCGGUGGACGUGGUAUAUAUGGACAGAGGGUUGGCGGUGGACGUGGCAUACUUGGACAGAAGGGUGGCGGUGGAUGUGGUAUACUUGGAAAGAGGGGUGGCAGUGGAUGUGGUAUACUUGGACAGAGGGGUGGCGGUGGACGUGGUAUAUACGGACAGAGGGGUGGGUGGUGGACGUGGUAUACUUGGACAGAGGGGUGGCAGUGGACGUGGUAUACUUGGAAAGAGGGGUGGCGGUGGAUGUGGUAUACUUGGACAGAGGGGUGGCGGUGGAUGUGGUAUACAUGGACAGAGGGGU